GAUGCUCCCGGACUCAUUCAGGAUGUGUUAAUCGAGGACCUUUUGUAACUCGUUUUUUCUCUUCAAUUGAAAUUGUUUAUCUUUAAAAAAAAAAAGAAACAUGAAGCUGUUAUUUAUGAUGGAAAAGAAGCUGGCAUUGUCCACCAAGCUAAAAUAACCCUCGCUUCUUUAGAGCUACAAUAAUGAACUCACAAUCAAACUCGCCAACAGCUAUUGGAGGAAGAGAUCAUGCUGUCAUCACAAUUGCAGCGACAACCAAUAUCCAGACAACACCAUUGGACCAAAGAAUCCAGGAAACAAGAUGGCUUCUGCAUCCAUCAGCAGGAAACGAGUCUUGUUGCAUUUUCAAGGUACGUCAAUGCCUUGUGGAAAUAAACAACAAGACUUACCAGCCCCAUAUUGUCUCCAGUGGUCCAUAUCACUAUGGAGAUCAACGUUUGGAGAUGAUGCAGCAACACAAAUGGAAAUUUCUUCGCGAUCUACUUGCUCGAACACCUUCAAACGGCCCAACACUUGAUCACUAUCAGCAGGUGGUUGCAGCAAUGGAAGAAGAAAUAAGAGGGUGCUAUUCGGAGACCAUCAGCUUAAGCAGUCAUGAUCUAGUUGAGGUGAUGGUGUUGGAUGGUCUCUUCGCUAUUGAACUCUUUUGCAAAGUAGGAAAAUUGUCGCCAAGUGAUCCAGACGAUCCCAUCUUUAACAUGGCAUGGGUAUUCGCUAAUAUCUUACGAGAUCUUUUUCGUUUCGAGAAUCAAAUUCCUUUCUUCCUUCUUCAAAAACUAUUUGAUGAAUCAAAACCUUCAAGAAAAGAUAGUGACUCAUCCUUAGCCAAACUUGCUUUAGACUUCUUUCGUUAUGCAGUAGAAACCCCAGAGCAAGUGUUAAAUCAGGACUUUACUACUGUUGAACGAAAACAUUUACUGGAUUUACUCCGCUGGAGUUUUAUCGCUAAACCCUAUGAUCAUUCACCUCAAGAAGAGUCUCGAAAUGUUCGUCCAUUAGUUCAGUUGAUUAAGUAUGCCAAAAAGCCUCUAGAAGGAACAAGGAAGGCAAUGCAAAAGUUCGUAGCAGGAAGGAAGGGAAAUACUUCUCCGUCCAUUGAAUUUAUCCAGUCAGCCAAAAAGCUUCGUUAAGCUGGAAUUAAGUUCAAGACAAGGGAGGCAGUGAGCUUCUUAGAGAUAAGAUUUUGCAAUGGAGUGCUGGAUAUUCCACACAUAGUAAUCGACAAUCUACGGACUGAUUUAUUGAUGAAUUUUGUAGCAUUUGAACAAUGCUACUCUCAUUGCUCAAAGGAUGUAACAAGCUGCAUUCAUGAGCUGUCUGAUCUGCACGCCUGAAGACGUAUCAUUUCUCUGCGACAAAAAAAUUGUCGAGAAUUAUCUUGGAACUGAUGAGGAGGUUGUUCAUUUCUUCAAAAACCUUGGCAAAGAUGUGCCUUUAAAUAUUGGUGAGGGUAAUCUAUCGAAGUUGUUCAAGGACGUGAAUGAGUGCCAUAGAAAUAUGUGGCAUGUGCGAUGGGAAGGUUUAAGAUUCAAGUAUUUUGGUACUCCAUGGUCUUUCUUGUCUGUUUUAGCUGCUGUUAUACUCCUACUACUCUCUGCAAUUCAGGCCUUCUUUGUUGUUUAUGGGCCGAAACCUGGGAAGAAUCACUAGAGUACGUACUAGCAAUAAUGUGAUAUUAGGAUCACCAAAAUGUAUUAGAAACACUCAUUAGAGCUAAUGAUGAUCAUGGAUGCAUAUCUUUCAUUUA